CUCGCUCGCUCUCCCCGUCCGCAUUGCGAGUCGCGCGACUUCGGACUGAACUGCGCGCGGCGGCAAAGUCGAAGGCGACGUCGGGCAGCGAGCGGCACGGGAGGACGACGCGGUGCGCGAAAGGACGCGGAAUACACGGCGUCGCCCCUGACCAGCUUCGGUGUGCAGCGCACCGGUUCGCGCAGGCGAAGAUGCCGACGGGAUUCAGCGGCGUCAUGGAGGCGGACAACCUCGCGCUGGAGCUCGAGGAGCCCAUCCCGACGAAGGCGCAGCUCCCUAACGGACGCGGCGUCUCGAACGUUGCCAACGGAACCACCACCUUCGUCGGUGGUGGCGCCCCCGUGGGUAACGGCAAGCAGAACGGCACCUCGGUGCUGGUCGCCGCUCCCGAGGCCAAGGAGAAGACCAAGGGCGACGGCGUCCUCUACAGAGUUAACGACACUCCACCCUGGUACCUCUGUCUGCUGCUCGGAUUCCAGCACUACCUGACCAUGAUGGGCGGCACGGUGAGCUACCCGUUCCUGCUGGCGCCCUACCUGUGCAUCGCCGAGGACGACCCGGCACGCGCACAGCUCAUCUCCACCAUCCUUUUCGUCUCCGGCCUGGGAACGCUGCUGCAGGCAACGUUCGGCGUGCGCCUGCCCGUCAUCCAGGGCUCGACGUUCGCGCACCUGGUGCCCAUCCUGGCCGUCCUGCAGCUGCCGCAGUGGAAGUGUCCGACGCACACGGAGUCGCACGGGGCCGGCGUCGAAGCGUCGCCCAUCGGCAGCGACUGGCGACCGCGGAUGCUGGAGGUGCAAGGUGCCAUCAUGGUCGCUUCCGUGUUCGAGGUGCUGGCCGGCGCGACGGGCCUGGUGGGCCUGCUCACCCGCUGGAUCACGCCAUUGGGCAUCACGCCCACCAUUGCGCUCAUCGGGCUCUCGCUCUUCCCGGAGGCGUCGCACCACGCCCAGACUAACUGGCCCAUCGCCCUGUCGACUGUCGCGCUGGUGACGCUGUUCUCUCAGUACCUGCGCAACGUGCGCGUGCCCGUGCUGGGCACCAAGCACCGAAAGGAACCCCACCGGCCGCGCAGGAUGGCCUUCUUCUCGCUAUUCCCGAUAAUCAUGACCAUCGGGAUCAUGUGGCUGAUCUGCCUGGCGCUGACCCUCACCAACGCCGUCGGCCCCGAGAGCGCUGCCCGUACGGACACCAAGCUGAGGGCCCUGAAGGAGAGCGACUGGUUCAACGUCGCCUAUCCGUUCCAGUGGGGGCUCCCGACGGUGAGCGUGGGCGCCGUGGUCGGGCUGCUGGCCGGCGUGCUCGUCUCGGUCGUCGAGUCCGUGGGCGACUACCACGCGUGCGCGCGCCUCUCCGGUGCCCCCGCACCGCCCGUGCACGCCGUCAACCGCGCCAUCAUGGUCGAGGGCCUGGGCUCCAUCCUGGCCGCAGCCUGGGGCGCCGGCUGCGGGCUCACCUCGUACAGCGAGAACAUCGGCGCCAUCGGCAUCACCAAGGUGGCUAGUCGGCGGGUGAUCCAAUACGGAGCGGGCAUCAUGCUCGUGCUGGGCAUGGUCGGCAAGGUGGGCGCCCUGUUCGCCGCCAUACCGGAGCCCAUCAUGGGCGGCAUCUUCAUCGUCAUGUUCAGCGUCGUCUCGGCCGUGGGUCUGAGCAGCCUGCAGUUCGUGGACCUCAACUCGUCCCGAAACCUGUUCGUGCUGGGCGCAUCUCUGUUCCUCGGCCUGUGCGUGCCGGACUGGGUGCGCCGACACCCGACGUCUAUCGCCACGGGAAGCGAAGAAGUGGACCAGGUGAUCCGCGUACUCCUCAGCACAAGCAUGUUUGUCGGCGGCUUCGUGGGCAUCUUCCUGGACAACACGGUGCCUGGCACGGCGGAGGAACGCGGUCUCCAUGGCUGGCGCGAGCACGAGUGCGGCGGUGAGGACGCCGGCGACGCCAGCAGGCCGGGAGAGUCCGUCACCGUCAAGGAGUGCUACGAUCCUCCGGGUUCCAGCUUCAUCGCCAACAGGAUCCCCUUCUCUCGGUACCUGCCGUUCAGCCCCAACUUCCGGGGGUUCGGCCGGUAGCCCGUGACCGAGCACUGUUUAUAGUGACUCACCUGCGAGUUGGUGACGGCGCAGUCGAUCGAGACCGAGAAACCAAGUGAUGGGCGCAAGCACCUGCUCCUCCGCAGCAUCCUCACGUUCCCUCUACGGAGAUCGACGUGCCGUUAUGUGAUAUACCGUGACGACAACGAAAUGUCGGGGCCGUGGACCUGGUUGUCCCCAUCGAGACGCAUCACCUGAUCUCGCUCCUGGAACGCUACCGCGAACGGUGUAGAAUACGAGUAGACCUCGGACAUUCAUUCUUUAUACGGACCUCCUUUCAUGUGCGACGCAAAGCUCGUGUGAGUGUAGAAAAUGUGUGGCUCCGCCCACAGGACAAAUUACGUGUGGGAUACGCCUUCUUGUGCAGGGCGUGUUUGAGUGUAUGUGUCUGUGAAUAUGUUGUGCGUAGGUGUGAAUCAUUUUGUGACGUUAGAGACAGCGUUAUUUGCUGGAUUAGGAACAUUUAAAAAAAUAAAUAUGAGCGACUUUGUGAAAGCCGCUUGUUACGGA